UCCAAUCCAUCUUGGGAGUUUAGUUCUACUUUUGUUUUCUCAAGUGAAUAUUGUAUCCUUAAAACAUCACUCUGAUCCAUUUGGCUCCAUGAAGUAUGAUUACGUGUCGCCGGUACUUUAUUUAAGCUAGUAAACUUUUUUUUUUUUGUUUGGGCUCCAAUAAUAUGUCUUAUUUGGAGUGGGCAGAAGCUCAGGUGGCAGAGAUCGAGCUGUUAACCAGCAUGUUCCCCAGCCAGGAGGAGCUGGAGCUCACCGACCAACUGGCGCUUGCAGAGCUGAGAAGCUACGUGGAGUCUCCGGCAGACUGUCCUCCUGCCUCCAGACCCCAGUUCCUCAUCAAGCAGAAGUUGAGCUCUGCAGGCACUGAGGGGACGGAGAUGAUUUUGUCGUGCGCUUAUCCAUCCGAGUAUCCCAGUGUGUUGCCAGACAUCACAGUACGGAGUUCUGGUCUCAGCAGAGCCCAGCAGGCACAGCUACAGGCGGAUCUAAAAAAACACCUUAUGGAAAACUGCCAAGGGGAAGUUUGUGUGCUUGCUGCAGUGGACUGGGUGAAAGACAGCCUGCAGAGCUUAUUAGCAGCCAUUUCUCCUAAAAAAGCGACUCCCUCCUCGGUGGCACAGGAAGCGUUCAGCCGGCUGUGGAUCUACAGUCACCACAUCUACAACAAGUCGAAGAGGAAGAACAUCUUGGAGUGGUCUAAGGAGCUGGGCCUGUCAGGAUUCAGCAUGCCUGGGAAACCUGGUAUUGUGUGUGUAGAAGGACCUCAAGCUGCCUGCGAGGAGUUUUGGUCAAGAGUGAAAGUUCUGACGUGGAAAAAGAUCAUGAUUCGACAUCGAGAGGAUAUCACACUUGAUGGUCAAGGUGACGACGGCAGGCCUGCUCAGGGCAUGGACUCCCUACGAAAGUUCUCAACCUUUGAAGAGGCCAUGUUUGACCCUCAUGGGAGCCGAGGCAACCACAUGGACCUCGGACAGCUCUACCAGUUCCUGAAUGAAAAAGGCUGUUGUGAAGUUUUUCAAAUGUAUUUUGGCAUUGAAGGGAGAUAACUGUGCAACAAAGAAUAAAACAAAGUUUAUUUUAUAAAAUUAUCUACAGAGAUAUGUGUUGUGAGUCACAUGGAAGCUCUUAAAUAGAACAUGUGACAAGCAGCAGAAGAACUCUCAACAACUUUGUUUUUAUGAUUCCCAGCCAAAACACCUGUGGCUCAACAAACAGGAACAUGCAGCUCUGCCAAGAUGAUCCAGUUAAAAACAUUGUCUUCUUACUAUUUUUAAUUAUUUGGCAUGUUUUUAUUUUUUGAUCAAAAGACUUCUUUCCUCUCAGGACAAAACUAUUAAAAGUCUUAAUCCUACCUGAA